UUUAUAAAGACAAAAUUAUCAAUCAAGAAUUAUUGAAAAUGGCUUCUGAAGGACCUGCUGAUAUUGCUUUAAUUGGUUUAGCUGUUAUGGGACAAAAUCUUAUCCUAAAUAUGGCUGAUCAUGGAUUUACUGUUUGUGCAUUCAAUCGAACAACAUCAAAAGUUGAUGAUUUUCUAGCAAACGAAGCGAAAGGAAAAUCAAUUAUUGGUGCACAUAGUUUGGAAGAAAUGGUUUCGAAAUUGAAAAAACCAAGAAAAAUUAUCAUUCUAGUUAAAGCUGGUCAAGCUGUUGAUUCAUUUAUUGAACAAUUAAUACCAUUAUUAGAACAGGGUGAUAUUAUUAUUGAUGGUGGUAAUUCCGAAUAUACUGAUACACAACGUCGUUGUAAUUAUUUAAAAUCAAAAGAUUUAUUAUUUGUUGGAUCAGGUGUUAGUGGUGGUGAAGAAGGUGCCCGUUAUGGACCAUCAUUAAUGCCUGGUGGUCAUCCAGAAGCAUGGCCACAUAUUAAAGAAAUAUUUCAAUGUAUUUCGGCAAAAGUUUCCGAUAAUAAUGAACCAUGUUGUGAUUGGGUUGGUAAUGAUGGUGCUGGUCAUUUUGUUAAAAUGGUACAUAAUGGUAUUGAAUAUGGUGAUAUGCAAAUAAUUUGUGAAGCAUAUCAUUUAAUGAAAAUGAUAUUAAAAUUAUCAAACGAUGAAAUGGCUGAUAUAUUUGCUGAUUGGAAUAAACAAGAAUUAGAUUCAUUUCUGAUUGAAAUUACCAGUGAUAUAAUGCGUUAUAAAGAUGAUGAUGGUCAACCAUUAGUUGAAAAAAUUUUAGAUUCAGCCGGGCAGAAAGGAACCGGUAAAUGGACAGCAAUAUCAGCAUUAGAUUUUGGUGUACCGGUAACAUUGAUUGGUGAAUCAGUAUUUGCACGUUGUUUAUCAUCAUUAAAAAAUGAACGUUUAGCUGCAAGUGAAAUACUUUCCGGACCAUCAACAACAAUGGAAUUUGAUGUUGGUGAUAAAAAAUCAUUUAUUGAUGAUAUUCGUAAGGCAUUGUAUGCAUCAAAAAUUGUUUCGUAUGCACAAGGAUUUAUGUUAUUACGUGAAGCGGCUGCCAAAUUUGAUUGGAAUCUAAAUUAUGGUGGUAUUGCAUUAAUGUGGCGUGGUGGUUGCAUUAUUCGUUCAGUAUUUUUGGGCAAUAUUAAAAAAGCAUUCGAUAAUAAUCCUGAACUGCAGAAUUUAUUGUUGGAUGAUUUUUUCCGUGAAGAAAUCAGUAAAUGUCAAGAUUCAUGGCGUAAUGUUAUUGCUACUGCUGUUAAAUUGGGUAUACCAACACCAGCAUUUUCAACUGCAUUAGCUUUUUAUGAUGGUUAUCGUUCCGGGCAAUUACCAGCUAAUCUAAUUCAAGCACAACGUGAUUAUUUUGGUGCUCAUACUUAUCAACGUAUUGAUAAUCCCGGUAAUUUUAUUCAUACAAAUUGGACAGGUAAAGGUGGUAAUGUUUCAUCAUCAACAUAUAAUGCUUAAUUGAUUUAUUGAUUGAUCGAUCGAUUCCAAAUUGGUGAUGGGUUUCUCCGAAAAUCUAUUUUAAUUGUUGUUGA